UGCCAACUGUAACUCCACUGUAAACUAUGGGCAUGUCCUCUACAUCCCAUACCAUCAUCACCACCGCACACUAUACACAGCACCAGCAAACACCGUCCCAUCCAAUCCUCCCAGAACAAAACCUAUACUUAAAUCCUCUUACGUCUCCAUGACGCUGACUUUAGGUUGGGAGAUUUGCGAUCAUCCAAAACCUACCCAACGAGAACCCACCAACACAUACAGACGUCUACAGCGAGAGAAACAUCCCGCACCACCCAACCCGAAUCCAAACCGCGGAGGUCCAAACACACCGGAGGAGGCGGCAGCGGCACAAAUCGCCCCCUUCCCCCAGAAACCCUGCAUGAGCAUGAGCAGCAGCACCCACCACUCAAGACAAAGCAGCAAAAACUUUCUUGCGGUACUGUAUGUAGUGUACCUAUCCAGUUGCCCUAGGGCGCAAAGUUACUUCCAUGAUCCAUCCCAUCUAGUGAAGUAUGGCAUCAUGCUACCAACUUUAUCAACCCCCACGUCCUUUUCUUCCAACAUCUCCCCACGAAAAAAAAAAAAAAAAAAAAAAAAAACAAAAAGUACGAUCCGGUUUUGUUUCCCUGCUUCUCGGGGAAUUCGAUUCGAUUCGACUACUCCGUAGGUGUUACCCCUCAUCCACUGGGCAGAAUGUGGAUCCAUCCGUCCAUUUUUGCCCCUGUCAAAUUCGAGCGAUAGGACAGCGCAUCAUCUGCUUGCUGCUGCUGCUGCUGCUGCAUCCUGCCGGGCGAUCUUGGC